AAACUCCACAGUGGCGCGUGACAUCUUAGCGCGUGGGAAUAGUACCGUAUGUUUGUCUCAGAAUAAUCUCAGAUAACGUAGUUUUCUGAUUGGACCGAAAAAUAGGGUAAAGGUGGCAUCUUUACUAAAACCCAGAUAGGGAGAGAGACUAGGGUUUUAGAAUUAGCUGUCAAAAUUGAAGCUUGAUCAUCCAAAAUGGUGGCGGCGCUCAGAUUAGGGUACCCAAUUAUCUGUAGAUUGAUUUCUUCCAGGACCAAAAGUCUGGGUCUUGGAAAUCUAAAACCCUCCAAUUUUUCUGUUCAAAGUCAAUUGCUUCACAGACCCGUCAGCUCAGAAAUCUCAAAGCAAGCCAAUUUCACUGUCACUUACCUCAUAAACUCAUGUGGGUUGUCCCCAGAAGAUGCAAAGUUGGCAGCUAGUAAGGUAGAGUUGCAAUCCCAAGAAGGAGCGGACUCUGUUUUGGCUCUUUUGAGCAGCCAUGGCCUCUCUGAAACCCAGAUCUCAAAGGUGGUCAAGUCACACCCAAGAGUCCUUUUAGCUGAUCCUGAGAAAACCCUUUCACCCAAGAUUGAGUUUUUCAGCUCUGUUGGGCUCUCAAGGGUGGACCUUGCCAGAGUUCUAAGUUUUAAUCCACAUCUUUUGUCAAGAAGCUUGGAGAAUCAAAUUGUGCCCUCCUAUAAUUUCCUCAGGAAUAUGAUUUCCAAGGAGAAUGUUGUGGCGGUUCUGAAGCGCAGGUCUUGGAUGUUCUUGGAGAAUCAUUCCAGGAAUGUGAUGCCAAAUAUUGAGGCUUUGAGAGAGUUGGGUAUGCCCAGAGCAUGCAUUUCUCUGUUGCUUGCUCAUGACACCCAAGUGUUGAUGCACAAUCAUGAUGAGCUUGUUCAGCUUGUGAAUGAGGUCAGGGGGAUGGGAUUUGAUUUGAAGAAGUCAACUUUUGUUGUUGCACUGAGAGCAUUGUGUGGGAAGAGCAGUAGGGCCAUAUGGAAUCGAAAUCGCGAGAUUUACAAGAGGAGUUGGGGUUGGUCUGAUGAUGAUGUUAUCUCUGCUUUUAGGAAGAGCCCUCAGUGUAUGAUUUUGUCUGAGAAGAAGAUUAUGCAGACAAUGGAUUUUCUGGUGAAUAAGAUGGGAUGGUCUGCAUCAAUGAUUCCCACAUAUCCUGUAAUUUUGUGUUUCAGUUUGGAGAAUAGGAUCAUCCCGAGGUGUUCGGUUGUCAAAGUUUUGAUGAAGAAAGGAUUGGUAGAUGAAAAUGUGAGUCUGGCUUAUGCGGUGCUGCCCGCAGAGAAGCAAUUCUUGGAGAGGUUUGUGACCAGAUAUCUCAGCCAAGUGCCUAACCUGUUGAGUGUGUAUGAAGGGGAACUUGAUUUGCAGGAUGUAUGAUCUUUUGGGUAGCUUCGAGUUCUGAUUGGUGUUUGAUGCUGCACUAACUCAAAUACUCAAUGGUAGCAGCUACUUUGAACCGUAGUAUAAGUCAUUGGAGUGCUGGAACAUGGCUGGCAGAAGUGUAUGAAGAUUCAAUAUCAGCCUUUGCACGGUCACCAGUUCAUUGAUUACAGUGAGUGUCACCUCGGCCAGUUAUGGCUAAGGGUCUGAUGGCUUUGCCAUAUUGAAUAGAAGUCAAAAGAGUCGGGUCAUAUAUUGGUCUCAAGUUAGAACACACGCGAUAACAAAUGUUUCUGAUAUACUACCUUCUAUAACAUAUCAUGUUUCUAUUUUUAAGUUCAAAUCAACAAAUUGAGAACCAUUGUUAGCGUCAUGUUUCUCUUUAAGUAGCACCAGUCUUGCUUAGUUGAUUAUCCUGGGAUAUACGUGCUAGAGUGAGGAACAAACUUUACAUGCUUUAAGCGAGCACCUAAUCAUAAAGAUCUUACAUUAUCAGAAAUAUCGUCCUGAAGUGAUUGGUCUGUGCACACAAUUUGUUUUUUACCUAUGAUGAAUCAGUCGCCGAAAGCCUUGGUGGCGGAAAGGAUAUUUUUUUGUGCUAUUGGGUUUAUAGUGAAAGCUAAAACAGAACUGUUUAUUCAGCAAACAUCAAUUUGAGGCUUCAAAUAGAUGACAAAGUAGGGAAGUGAAUGCUGCAGCCGAUUGUGUUGUGUCAUUGGCUUCAGUGUUGGAGUUCUCCCUGGACUGGGUUCAUAACCCGCCUCCCUUCCCUUCAUACCUUGUUAUCUGAAGUUCUGCUCCCUGGUGAGGGCUUUGUUCAUGUGGUUUUCUUUCGUUUUUUUUUUUCUUUCUCUUUUGUUGUGAUGUUUUCCAAUAUGGAGAAGUUUGUGGAACCUGGAGCUAUAGUUUGUUUGAUUAAAAGAUAUCGUGUAACAAGACUGAUUCUACUUGAAGACUACGAAGCUUUAUCGUCUUUACAUAAUGAUCCUGGUAUUUAAAAUAGUUGCUUUUUAAAAGCAGAGAAAUGUAAAGAUCUACAGUCCAAAGCAUGGCAUUUCUGUAUUUCUGUCUGGUGGUGGAGAAAUGAUGUCCGUCUAAAGUUCUACACUUCUACUUGGUUUUGCAAUGGGCCGAAGAUAUAGAGUUGUUCACAGGAUAAUUGAUUCGCAGUAAGAUUUAAUUCUGUCAUGAACUGCAGAAACUUGGUUUUGAGAAGGCCAUCUUAUUGUAUAAACUAUCAUAACAAAUACACUGAAGUGUGACUGAAUGUACUAUCUUAUUCUGACUUUAUAAGCAUA